AUGAAGUUCGCCGCCCUCGUCUCCGCCCUCACGCUCCUCGCCUCCGCCGCAUCUGCCGCGACCUGCCGCGACUGCAACUACAGGUCCAUCGACCCGAACCGCUGCAAAGGCUGCAGGAGCUCGGAGGUAUAUUUUGGAACCGACCAGCGCUGCGUGGCAUGCACCUCCGCCUGCCCGGUUGCGAAUCCGGCCAGCGACUACUCCGGCGGGACAGUGUACGACUGCUGA